AAUCUCUACGGAGUGCACCCAUUCUACACCGUACUGGAAGCCGACGGUAAAGCACACGGAAUACUGUUCCUCAACAGCAAUGCCAUGGAGUACGCAUUUUUGCCGGAACCGGCGCUUUCAUUGAAAACUUUGGGCGGAGUCCUCGACUUUUUCGUGUUUUUGGGCGAUAAUCCCGAACACGUGAUACAGUUGUAUACGUCGGUCAUUGGACGUCAAACAAUGCCUCCCUUUUGGGCACUCGGGUACCAACUGUGCCGAUACGGGUACACCGGUACCAAAAACCUUAGGGAAGUCAUUGACCGCAACUUGAAAGCUAAGAUCCCCUUGGAUACCAUGUAUAUCGACAUCGACUAUAUGGAUAAAUACGAGGAUUUCACGUACGAUAAGCAGGCGUUCGCUGGACUACCGGAGCUGUUCAAGGAUACUAAGACCCAGAAUCAACUUCACUGGACCCUGAUCCUGGACCCUGGUAUAGAGGGAAACAACAAACAGUACCAGACGUUUAACGAGGGCUACAAAAACGAUGUGUUUGUCAAAUGGCCUAAAAGUGUGGACCCGAAAGACCGGUUUAAUCCACCGGACGUUCCCACCGAUAAGGACACCGCCUAUGGCAAGGUGUGGCCCAAUGGCCCGGCCGCAUUCCCAGACUUUUUCAAAAAUGAGACCCUGGUGUGGUGGCAGGGACAGGUGAAAAAUCUGCACGAUAUUCUACCCUUCGACUCACUAUGGAUUGAUAUGAAUGAACCCUCAAAUUUUCAAGCAAGGUGUCCGAAUAACAAAUGGGAUUACCCGCCAAUCAGAUCAUCCGUCAUAUUUAGUAACAACCAGUUGUCAGCCUCGACAUUAUGUAUGGUCACUGAGCAGGGUGAAAAGGGGGAGUACAGACAUUAUGACGUACACUCCCUUUACGGCCUAACCGAGUCGAUCGCCACCCGAAAGGCACUGGAUGCCGCCACUGGCAAACGUGGUUUUGUAGUAUCCCGUAGCAGUUAUCCCACAGCGGGCCGGUAUGCCAACCACUGGUUGGGUGAUAACUCGGCUACCUGGCCCAUGAUGCACCAUUCCAUAGUGGGCAUGCUCGAGUUCAACAUGUUCGGGAUCAGUUUUGUAGGCGCCGAUAUCUGUGGGUUUAUGGGCGCCACCACACCGGAGCUAUGUCGCCGGUGGUCCCAAUUGGGGGCUUUCUAUCCCUUCUCGCGUAACCACAACGAAAAGACUGUUAGCCAGGACCAGGACCCCGGUGUUUGGGCCCUCCAGGGACACCCUGAGGUCACCGAUGCCGCCAGAGCUUCCCUACAGCUCCGGUAUCAA